CUGGAAGCGUGCAUAUCCUCCAUACUACUGUAUCAUGAAUUAUAGAUAAACAAUGCAACAUUACGUAGUUAAGUCAAUAAUUUAAUUUGAAUUCUUCGUUGCACCUGCCCAUGACACCUGCUGCAUACCGUCAGACAUGGACGAUAAGAAUUUGAUAGAAAUUCUAGGUACCUGUCACAGAAGUUUUUACUAUGGAAACAUACAUGAUUCUUGUUAACACAUUUUUUACUUUACUUUUUGUGAACUUUUCCCUGGAACAAUGUAUAUUCACAGACAAGUGUGUUUCCGUUAUCGAUAAAGGAAGAUACUAUAGAGGAAAAGUCUCACUGACAAAUAAAGCAGAAACCUGUCUAAACUGGGACAGUCAUGAUUAUGACGUCACUCCAAAACAGUACCCGGAUGAAGGAUUAGAGAACAAUUACUGUAGAAAUCCUUUAGGUAGUGGCAACAAACCGUGGUGUUAUACAAAGCUGAACCACACAUCUAACGACUACUGGGGGUAUUGCGACAUUCCUGCUUGUGAUCCCUGCUACUUCAGAGGAAUACAGUUUAAACAAGAAGACGCCUUCCAUGAUGGUUGUUCGCAAUGUAUCUGUUUAGCGGAUGGGUUUCACUGUUAUCGUUGUCGAGAUGACCCUCCUCCAGCCAAUGGAACAGACCUAGCUUGUUACAUUAAAGAAAAUCCCAGAGCUAAAUAUCCAGCCUGCUGCAAGAGAACGGUCUGCCAUGGCAGGGAUGCAGAUUUUAACUUCGAAGAGUUCACAAAGUUCCUUAAACAAAAACUUCACAUUUAACAUAGUGAAGUUUGAAAAAAAAAUUAGAAAAUUAUGCAAUUCUGGAUUUUCAGUUACAUUAGACAAAAUGAUUGCCUUAUAUUAUUUAAUUCUUGUGACAAAUGUCUUUUAAGAUACU